CGUACAAGUUUAUAAAAUACGUUAAAAUACGCGUAUUUUAAGCCUAAUCGUAUUAUACACGUUUUUUUACCGAAUCUCUGCUUAAACCUUUUCCGAUUUCCCAAGGCCCAAAAUAGACCAGAGAAUCCGCCACUGUCCAAUUCCUCGUCCCCAUUCUCUAUUGAGUAUUGGCCUCAGGAGUUCCUGCUGCAAGAGUUCCGGCUCUAGAAGUUCCGGAAAAUUAGCAAUCAAUUCGUGUAGUCGUCCUCCUUCAGUUCCUCGUAGGUGGAGUCAGGACCCCAGCACAGCAGCAAUCCCGACGGCAGUGCUCUGCCGUAGCCACUAGCGGUAAGUCCCAAUUCCCAAACCUAAUUUCAUAAUUUUUAUCAUUUAAUUUCUUUUUUGAUUUGAGUAUGAACUUUCAAGUCUCAACUCUCAAAUCUCUAUCGUAUAGUUUCAAAUUGCAUUCUGCACUCAGCAUUUGGAUGAUUUCAUAGUUCAAAUUCAAUUACUCAAGUGAUUGCUUCAUCCCUAAUAAGUUGUAGUAGUAAUGGAGUACUGCUCAGGAUUGUGUCUGUAGGGGACUAAAGGGUGAUGAUGAGAGAUGACUACUGUUCAUUGUCUAAAAAGGCCAAAAACAAUGAAAAGGGUAGAUUAGGAUUUUAAGUGCAGGGAUUGAUGCCCAAAAGCUUUAAAAUAGCCUUCAAAGGUAAAAAACUUAACCCACUAUAAAGAGGGACACACUACAGAUCCUUUUCUACAGAUUCUUUUAUAUUGGAUUUUUAUCAUCUUUGCCAUUUUGAUUAUUUCUUAUCUCCACUUUAUUUGAUCCAUAUUUUCUAGAAAACUAGCAGCAGCACAAAAAACUCAAAAUAAACCAAACUCUGUUACAUUUUUAUUCAUAACUUUAUGAUUAAGUGGUCAAUUGGUCAUUGCUCUUUGCUUGAGUGCUAAACUAAUUUGGUUUAUUUUUUGUAGAGUCGUGGUUAGAAAGAAGGAUCCACUUUGGGUACAUGCUAUUGAUAUGAAACGAGUAUUUUCUUGAGGCUUAACAAGAUUGAAGUUUCAAUUGUCACGAUUAAGGGGUAAUGAAAUUGAGAUAUGCACACAAGUUUUAAAAGAAAUAGAAACUCAGGUGUGUGAAGCAAUUACACAAACCUCUAAAAGGCUUAGAGUUGAAUCUAGCACAACAAACUUUAGAGUGGGUGGUUCUACUAUGUCUUCUCAUCCUUCAUUGUAUCAAACUACCAUGCCUGAAAUGGUAAAAAAAUGGACAAGAGCAAUAUAGAUGACUUGCUUGCCACAUUUUUCAUUCAAAAUAAUAUUGCAUUCAAUGUUUUGCAACAAAAGUCUUUCAUCAAUCUUGUUAAAGGAAUUGCAGAGUAUGGACCAGCCUAUAAAUUGCCAAGCUAUUCAACACUACGGACCAAACUUAUUCCAAGAGCAAAAAAAAAGAGUUGAUGAAUAUGUUGAUGAAGUAAAGAAAUCAUGGGAUGUUUCAGGUUGUUCCAUCAUGUCUGAUACUUGGACUGAUCUUAAAGGAAGAUGCUUUAUUAAUUUUAUUGCAUCAUGUCCUAAACGUUAUGUUUUUCUAAAAUCAGUUGAGAUUUCUGAAGAUAAGAAAAGUGGACUAUUUUUAAGUCAUUUGUCCUUAAAAGUCAUUGAUAUGGUAGGACGUCAACAUGUUGUUCAAAUAAUCACUGAUAAUGGUUCAAACUUUGUUUCAGAUGAGAAUAUGAUUGUGCAAAAGUAUACUUCUAUUUGGUACAAGAGGUGUGCAACACAUGGAAUUCAGUAUCUUUUCAAAGAUAUAUAUGACCAAAUUCCUUGGAUUAAAAGUGUUGUUGAUAAUGCUAAAUCUAUUCAGGCAUAUAUGUAUUGACAUACUAUUAUUACUGCUUUGAUGAGAAAAGUUACAAAUGGACGCGAAUUGAAAAAGCCAUGUGCGAUUAGAUUCGCUUCUAAUUAUCUUGCUGUGCAAUCUUCGGUUGGUCUUGAUAAUGAACUACGAUUGUUUGUGGCAUCUCCAGAAUGGGGAGAUUUGUCUUAUUCCAAGACGCGAGAGGCUAUUAGUGUGACUGGAGUAAUCCAAAAUGAUGUCUUUUGGUCUGAAGCAAAAUAGUUGAUACAUGCUUUAGAACCACUAGUUCGGAUUCUUCGCUUAGUUGAUGGUGAAGGUUCUACUUCUGGGUAUUUAUACCAAGCAAUGGAGUUGGCCAAGGAUGAGCUCAAGCAAAGGGUUGUAAAAACUAGAGAGAAAUAUGAGAAAAUGUUGACAUUAUUUGAUGAUAGAAGGAAAGAGAAUAUCAUCGAUCCUAUUCAUGCAUUUAUUGCUACUCUCCACCCACUUUUCUUUAGUAAUUCGAAUUUUAAGCAAACUGUGGAAUGUUUU